UUUCAGGCUCCGUCGGUUCCAAAAUGCCUCUUGAACUUGCUGGAGAUGCCCAGCGGGGCCGAGGCAAGAGAAGGAGAGUCCUGGGCACCAGCUCGCAGGGCAGUGAGAAGUCCUUUCUCAAGGAUGAUUUCUUCAGCAGGCGCUGUGUGCAGAAGACGGGAGCUGCAGAGGGAUCCAGACCUCCCGACACAGACCUGCUGCAGACCGAGAAGACUAUGGAAGACACAGAAGCUGAGUUGCCGGGAAGGCCAAGAAUGAAUUGUAGGCCACGGAAGACACCUGUGAAAGCCGUGUUCCCACGACAGCAGAAGAUGCUGGGCCCUGCCGUGCAGGAGGAAGGAUGUGCCCCACUUUGCCUCUCCGGGAGCCCGCGUUCAUGGAGGCAAAGUGUGUGGAGAGCCCCAAGAUGCCACAUAGUUCCCCAGGCAGAGUCUGCAGACCUGGAUGUGUUUCCUGAUGGGAGCCUGAAGGCUCCCACAGCACAGCUUCACAAGGAUGCAUCAGGCUAUCAUGCAGAGCUGCUGAGGGCCCAGUCCCGUGUGGCAGAGCUGGAGAGCCAGGUCCGGACGCUGAAGAUGGAGCAGACUCAAUACAACCUAAGGCUGGAGAAGCUCCAGCAGCACCACAGGGAGGAGCUGGAUCAUCUCAAGAGCACCUACAGGAGGCGACUGAAGGUGCUGGGGGAGACCUAUGAGCAGCAGCAGCAGAGUGUGAAGAAGCAGAAUGAGCAGCUGGUGGCUCAGCUCCUGUCGCAGAGCCAGGACGCGGAGAAGGCGCGGGCAGAGCUGGUGGCGCAGCACGAGGAGCGUGUGGCUGCGCUGCAGCAGCAGAACAUGUGGGACCUGGAGUGUCUGCGAGAGCAGCAGAGGACAUUGUUCCAGACAAGGGUGAAAGACUACGAAGAGCAGCUCCAGCGGCUGAGGCAGACAAAAGACCUGGAGGUUGAUGCAGUGACCGGUCCCACCUCACAUACCAGGUCUCUGAACAGCAUCAUGGAGCAGAUGGAGAAGUUCUCCAGUGAACUGCGUGACUUCUCACACAAGGUGGAGGCCAUGCACCAAACCGUGUCCCAGGAACUGGCACAGCAGCAGGACAAGCAGCUCAAAGUGCUCGAGGACAGGCUGUCACAGCAGCAGAGGGACAUGGAGGAGGAGCGGAGCCAUCUCCAGAAGGUGAUCACUCAGCUGAGGUCCAGGCUGAACAAGCAGAGUACGCUGCUGGAGCAGGAGCAAUCAAGGCUGGUGUCAGAGCAAGCCCAAGUGGAAUUGCAGCAGCACUCACAGGAGGAGCAGCAGCAAGGCAUGAGCCAGCAGCUCUCCAAGGAGCAAGCAGAGCUGGAGGGGGAAAAGAGCGCUUUGCUGGAGGAGCAACAGAAGCUGGAGCACAACAUGGACCGAACCCUGCAGACGGCGUCCGAGAGAGAGCGCGCCACUGUGAGCCUGGCCAAGGAGCAGGCAGAGCUGAAGGCGAGGGAGGAUCAGCUGCGGAGGGACAGGGAGCUGCUGGAAGAGGCCUGGCAGGAGCUGAGGCGUGAGAAGGAGAAGGUUCACAGGGCCGCGCUGCACAUCCAGCUCCAGGAGAAGGAGAUUAAAAGCAUGACCAAUCAAUCAUCCCAGAAGUACAAGGAAGGGGAGCAAGCCCUGCAAGAGGCAGGCAGGAUAGAGUCUGAGCACCAGAGCAGGCUGCAGGUCAUGCAGGAGCGAUUUGAGCAGGAGCGGCUGAGCAUGGCUCGCCAGAGGAGACAGCUCAAGCAGCUACGUGAGGGGCUGCGCAGGAACCCCGUGACGCCGCUGACUGCGGGCAAGGACCUCGGUGCCCCUAUGAGAGGCCUCUCCGGCACACUGCGACCAGCAAUUCUUAGAGCAUGAGCGGAUAUUCCUGGAGAGCCUGAAGAAUGCACCCUACAACAUUUGAACCCUGUGGAGGUGUUAGCCCCACACGCUGGGGCUGUGUCCUUCUGUGGCGUAUGAACGACACGGCCCCAAAGCAUCUUCAUGCAGCGAAUCAUUUUAUUGCUCAUUGCUCUAGGUUUUAUACCAUUCUAGUAAAAGCUAUUUUUCACCUAUUGCUCUAUCUUUUAUACCAAGCUAUUUUUAGCACAUCAUGUGUAGUUCCUAGUUUACAGUUUUGUUUUUUCAACAUUCGUCGUCGUUUCACAGACAGUCCCAAACUAACCAGUUCUUUAUCUUUCUGUUCUCCUGCUCUUGUCCAGCUGCGUUGCUCUGCUUGAUCACACAAUGUACUUUGUUUCUUCUUUAACUCUUUCUUCUCGAGCCAAGUAGUUACUUCUCUUGGCAAUAACGAAAUAGGUUCCAUCCUCUCCCACAUCCGUCCCGUCACCCUGCGGCUGUGGGCACGUUUCUAGUCAGGCCCUGGCCAAUACAGCCCCGUUGCUAUGGCAGCUGCCAAGGCCCUGCGCGGCGCAGCCCCUGUCGCUAUGGUAACGGGGGC